GCAAGGACUUUGUGAAGGACCACGUCGCAAAGUGUCCCACCUAUCAGGAGGUGAGUAGUGCAAACCACUUGCCUUAUGGUUUGCUUCAGCCUCUUCCUAUCCUCGAGGGUCGUUGGCAGUCCAUCUCGAUGGACUUUAUCGGUCCCCUUCGUCCUCCGACCCCUCGCGGUCAUGAUGCUAUUCUGGUCGUCAUCGACCGCUUCACGAAGCGUGCACACUUUGUUCCGUGCCGCUAUGCCAUCAGUGCAUGUGAGGUCGCCGACAUCGUGUUUGACCGAGUUGUGCAUGACUACGGCUUACCUCUGAGCAUCAUAUCUGACCGUGACCCGCGCUUUACCAGCCGAUUUUGGCGACGGCUCCACGAGGUUUAUGGCACUCGGCUCCGCUUCUCCUCGUCUUACCAUCCACAGAUUGAUGGUCAGACAGAGAUCAUGAACAGGACUCUCGGAGAUAUCCUCCGAAAGAUUGUUCGUGACGACCAGCAGUGGGAUCUCCAUCUUGCCCAUGCGGAGAUAGCCUACAACCACGCUAUCUCGCCAGCCACGGGCAUGUCGCCUUACUAUUGCAACCUCGGCUAUCACCCUCGUGUUCCCGCGGACUUCCUUCGACCGUCACAGAUGCACCCCGACAUGAGUUGUCCCGUGCUGGAUGAUUGGGUUGCACACAUGACGUCGAUCAUGAAGACCGCACAUGAGCACAUAGCCGCUUCCCAGACUCGCAUGACAGCACGUGCGAACCGAUCGAGGAUGGACCAUCCAUUCAAAGUCGGUGAUGCCAUGCUUAUCGACGCCCGCCACUUACAGCUCGAAGCGAACACGCUUCGCAAGUUUCGGCGUCGCUUCUUUGGCCCAUGCCGCAUCCUCUAGGCCGUCGGUUCUGAUACGACUUCGAGCCCGGUCAACUUUCGUGUGAAGCUGCCCGACUA